AUGGUGAAAAGACAGAGCCAGCACAGCAGGUCGACCACGGCGGCGAUUGCCGCAACUGCCCUACUGAGCACCCUCUGCUUUGUCGUGGCCUUCUCGUCGCGCCGUGCUGGCGAUGAAAACACGGGCUUCCUCAUACAGCGGAGCACUGGCUCUGUGCGACAGCUGACGGGCUUCCAGGAGUCAGCCGCCGAUGACGGUCGCACCUUCCUUCAAGCCAUGCCCAGGCGGACGUGGGGCGCCCAGGACGUGUCCGACGAGUUCUGCAGCUGGGACGAGCCCUCGCGCUCCUGCAACUGGACCGACUACGCCCAGUCCGUCUCCCUGGUCGCCUUCCCGUCCUUCAUCGUCGGUGUGGUCUUUACGCUGGUGUUGGGCAUUCUCUUCUGCGCGCGGUGCUGUUGCGUCGGCAAACGCUGCUGCCUGCUCCCGUGGAGCGGCUACUCGUUCGAGCCGCUCCUCAUCAACGCCGGGCUCGUCAUCUUCGGUAUCUGCAUCCUCGGCCUGAUCGGCCUGGGCGUGCUGGGCAAUGUCUGGUCGCACGAGGGCAUCAACAACACCUCGGACUCGGCGUCCAACUUCAGCGCGACGGUGAUCAACGUCACGACCGACGCCGCAGCGCUUCUGAUGGAGAUCGAACCCGAGUACGCACAGCAGGCGAAUGACGCGAUCGCCAUGGCCAACGACGUGCAGGACAACCUCGACACGGUUCUCGACAUUCUCGACAAGGUCGAGCUCGCACGAUUCGUCUUCUUUCUGGUCAUCUAUGCCGGGUUGCUGCUCGUGAUGCUGUGCACCUUCGUGUUCGUCUGGUUCUUCCGCAAUUUCCUCUUCUGCAUCAAUUUCUGGUAUUCGUGGCUGGUCUUCAUCUUCAUCUUUCUGAUCCUCACGCUCUGCGUCGCUCUCGGCACUGCGGUGAGCGACGUGUGCGAUGUCUACGACGACUCACAGGACGGCAACAACUCGAGCGUCUUCACCGAGUUCAUCGGCUCGGGCUGGGGCGACUGCUCGGCCCUCGAGGAAAUCAUCAACCCACUCUUUGACGAAUACAAUCAAACCGUGAUCGAAGGCUGUGAGUACUACGCCAACCUGUGCAACAACACCGCCACCGGGGUCACCAAUUGCACGGCGUGCGACACCACGUCCGACAAGGCCCUCCUCACCGCUUACACCCUAGUCGACGAAGUGUUCUACUGCGGCACAUCGUUGGAGCAGUACUGCCCGAACAACGACGUGACUCAGACGCUCGAGCAGUGCAGCACCUACUGCUUGAACCCCGACUACCGCAAUACGUCGGCGGAGGUCGUGCAGUACGCCGAGCUGAUGACGGAACUGGACGCCAUGAUCGCACGGGUCAAGCCCUACGCCGGCUGCCAGCUCAUUACGCGCUUCGUGGAGGCCACCAACGAACCCCUUUGCGUUGAGUACCUGUCGGGAGACUUCUUGCUGGUAGUCUCCGCCAUCGGCGUGUGCGUGUUGUGGCUGUUCUACCAGCUUCUACUCCUGCUCGCCUUCGAACGAGCGAGCCUGCGAUUUGACUCUGAAGGCGACGAUGACCUCUACCCACUCUCAUGA